AUGUGGCAUUACUCAAAUGUAUUUGCAUCACUUAUCGCUAAGGAAGCUUGCGCACUAGCUUCUGAAUCUCCUUGGGUACAUCCGAUGAAGAACGCGAGAAAAAAUUCAACUAUCUGCUGGUGCAAAAAACUUUCUACUGCGGCCAAAUCAGGACCUGUAUCGCAGAAGCACUCGAGGGUCCGUUAUUAUCGCCUCAACCAAGGAAAACUCUUGUGCCUUCAAAGAAAUACAAGGCUACGCAGGUCGGAUUUGGUAGAGAGGACAAGGCAAGUAUGACGAAGUCAGAAUGGAAGAGGAAAGCGCUACACAGUAGCGGAAUUUGAUCCUGUCGCUGUCCUGUUUGAUCCUGAUGCUUAAUUUCUGAUCCAUCAUAAGUCUUCUCAUGUAAGGUCGUGCCUUUGCCUCAUUAGUUAAGCAUUUUUUCUCAAUAAUCACUGCUUCAUUUACUUAGUCCCCGCUUAGCUUUAUAUUCAGUACAUGCUUACUUCAUAUCUCACUGUCAAUAGGAUACUCCUUACGCAUUACUCGGGCACUAUUGUGAUUCGAUCUUUUAAGAACUUGAAGAAAUCCUCCCAUUCCCAUCCGUCGAUAUGUUAUAUCUAC